AUGCGCGCCUCUACGAUCGUCCUCGCGCUGCCUGCGCUCGCCGUUGCUCAGCAGCAAAUCCCUAUCCUCGACCAAGUUCGAGGAUGGUUCGACAAGGCCACGGCGUCUCUAUCGGCCGUGGUCUCGUCGGCCACAGAAGCCAUUCCCUCCGUCGCCGUUCCGGACCCCGUUGCAUCCGGCGCAGCAAAGAUUGCUGACCUUAAGGUCGAACGCUUGGGACUGGACAACCACAAUGAGAUCGUCCGGCCUGGUUCGCCAACCGCAAGCACUGGCAUUGAGACCUGGAUGGUGCUCGUGACCGGCGGAAACAAGACGUGCUUUGGCAUGUGCGACACUGCCGAGACGGCUUUCAACAAGAGCGUUGCGCUUCUGGCAGCUGCACCCUCCCCGCCAAGUUUGGCAAUGCUCAGCUGCGAGUCGGAUCCCGUACUCUGCCACGCAUGGGCUGCCAGCCCUCCCUCAAUUCUUCACAUGCAGCUUCCGCAGCCUCUCGCCGACCAGUCCCUCCCGGCYUCGACCGUGCGCUACAUCCCACUCAACCGCACCACCGUCACAGCAUCGCAGAUUGCGGCCUAUCACAUCCAGGACAAGUACCUCGAAAUCACCCCAUACGAGGGAUACUUCCACCCAUUCGACGGUCCCCUCGCAAAGUACCAGCUCUCCAUCCCGGCCGGAUACCUGAUUUGGGGCUUCUCCCUGGUUCCCUCUUGGGCAUUCAUGAUCGGCAUCUCAUUCCUCAGCCGCACGUUCAUGGGCAGACGCAUGGCCGGCCAGGCUGAUCGUGCGGCAGCUGCUCCUGCGGCCGCGGCUCAGUAA